AUGGCUCCUUUGCAGGCAGACAAGGAGAACGAGCCGCCACUGGUCGCCUUGGAUCCGCAAGAUAGCUUGCAGGCCGAAAAAUCAGUACUUGCGUCGGUCGCCAUAUCGCGCCAGCAGAUGCAGAUCCAAGAAUUCCAAAAAUGGUGGGCAUCAGGACACGGGGAUGCUGCAAUGGCAGCGCAUCCUCUACUAUCCUUGGUCGACGGCUCGGUUUUGGCAGCUGUCAUAUCUUCCGGAUCGGCGUAUCACAACUGCUUAGGUAUUGAGCAGCUGGACAAGUUGUUGAAUCGGGUGGAAGGCUCUACAGGAGACGUAGCAGCCCUGGAGCCUUUGAAGAAGGCGCUUCGCAGCAAGGGUGGAGCUCGGAACCAGGCGCGAGCAGUGGGCGGUGUACUCUUUAGCACUGCGAUGAACAUGUUUGAUGCCACAUCGGGAAACCAUGUUGCCGCAGAAAGGGUUUCGACCGUGCUCGAGGAACCGCGUGAUUACAGCUUUGCGGAGCAAGCCAGCGUCGAUUGGGUCUUGGACGAAGUGUUCGACCCUCCGAAGCCUUUCAUCAAUUCACAGUCCUUUCCUCAAGAAGCCACGGCCGCCAUACGAAGCGGACCUAGACAGGACAGCGAGCUGCUCGGGUGUAUUGCCUGUGGUUCCGUGGUUUUGGCCACCGGCACUUGUGGAAAUUACAUCCAGUGCAAGGUCGCCGAGACAUUGGGGACAGGGAGUACCGAGUUGGGCUUCGUUCUUCGACAGCUUGAUGGGCUUCCCCUCUUCUCACCUGCACCACCGACUCAACAGACAUUCGACGAAUGUUUUGAUCCAGUGAAGAUUUUCGUUUGCGCACCGUCCUUUCCGAAGACAUCGUCGGCGGCAGUGCGGACCGCACCGACACCAGACAGCGAGCUAGUGACCACACUACCGUUCGGGUCGGAAGUACAGGCCACAGCAAGGGCGGGAUCAUACUUGCAAAUCCGGCUGACUGAUUCUGCUGCAGCAGAGGGCGGGUCACGCCUGGCGUGGGUGCCACGUGUGCUUGGCGAUCUCGUGCUGUUCGUGGAACAACAAGCGGUGAAGCCAGCAGAUGCCGAACGCCUUGCAAGCUUGUCCACCGAAGCGGCAAUCUGCGAGCAGACCAACCAGAUCAGUCGAUUCCAGCAGUGGUGGGCAGAUGGUCAUGGGGACGCAGCAGCUGCAGCCCAUUCCAUAUUGUCGCUGGUUGACCGGUCUGUGCUGCACGAAGUGGUGUCGACUGGUGCGAACUAUCACAAUUGUCUCAGCGCAGACCGGCUAGAUGGUCUGCAAAGGAUGGUGGACAAGUCCCGGAGACCAGGCUUGGAAGCUUUGCGGAGAGCUUUGCUGACCAAGGGCGGAGCCAAAAGCCAGGCCCGUGCAGUUGGGACCGUUCUUUUCAAGGAAGCCCUUACCAUCUUCAACAGUCCGAAGCACGACGCCGGGGAUCAGCCGACGGAAAGCAUAGGAGAUCUGCCCUGCGCUGAAGUGGACAAGACCCCCAUCGAUGAGAUUCAUCGCGAAGUGAUGUUAGACGAGAUCUACAACCCUCCCAAGCGGUUUGUGUGUUCCGACGCCUUUCCGAAGGAUGCCACCGUGGCAGUGCGAUCUUCACCGACACAGCAAAGCGAGUUUUUGACAUGUCUACCGUUCGGCACAGAGAUCAUUGCAAGCGGCCGGUGCGGGGAGUUUCUACGCUUUGAGUUGCAGGAGGAUCGCGGGUGUCGCCACGCCUACGUCCCCCUGGUCUUCCAGGGCCUCCAGCUCUUUGUUCCCCAAAUCUGUGGCGCAUCCGUUGCCCUGACAGAAGGCAGCCGUGUGGCGGACCUGGAGCGGCGAGUGGCCGUUCAAGAGCAGGUCAUCCAAGGAUUACAGGCCGAGCUCUGCAGCCUUCGGGCACACAUGAGCGCAAUCGCAACAGCUUUUGGAGCCUUCUCCCCAAAGCUGUGA